AUGCCGAUUAAUGUCGACCCAACCUACAAGGCGUACAACACGUUCUAUGCCAAUUUUACUUCCUGGCAAAAGGGAGACCAGUCUCCUUUCCAGCGUGUUCGCCGUAUCACAUUUACGAGGUAUAACCUGAGACCGCUAUUUCCUACCCCAAUUCAAAAGGCAGAGGCAGCAGAGGCAGAAAUGAUAACGAUGAACACUGCGAACCUUGUGGUCGCAUUUUUGGAACGUGUCGGUAAAAAUGUGCAGCACCUCGGCCUGCGAGGCGACUGGAUCCCGAAUAUUUUUGUCAUCUUCUGUCGAACUUACGACGAAAAACUCAAGGACGAAGCCGAGCCUGCGCAUGGCUCGGUCAAUCCGCUAUUUGGUGACAAACUCCCAAUUAAACUGAGCGAACGCUUUCCCAAACUCGAGUGUCUCGUCCUCAAAGCGGACUGCAGCUCGACUCAAGCCUGGAUUAGCACGACUUGGAUGACGCUCACUGCCACAGAAAUGACGUCGUUCAUCUCCCAGUUGACAGAAUUGAGAAAGCUUCGAUGCCAUAGUGUCGAGAUUGAAUGCAGUCACGCCUUUCAGCAUGUGCGUCAAGUAAGUCGGCAGGAAGUCGACAUGGACGUCGACAUCUUGACCCCUGAGGUUUGCCAAUGGUUUUCGGACUUGGCUGUCAAUAUUUUAGAGGGUCAUCACAGCCUCGAGGUCGUCUUUGUCAGAUCUGACGACGGGGCAUUUUAUGCUGCUGCCCAAAGAGUCAAUGGCUACAUAGUCGUCAUGCGUGGCCCUUGGGUGGAAUGUUCCCUGUACAGGUUUCCAAAUGGUCUUCUCGAUGAAGAAAAUGUUUUGCCGAGGUUUUUGAGGAUUCCUGACCACCAUCCGCCGUCGAAGGUCCUCUACUUGACUGACGAUUAG